AUGGACUCGUCCAAUUUCGACGGUUAUACUUCUUACUCUGAUUCUUCCACUCCUCGCACUCCUUCCCCAGACGACAUGCACUUUCUGCCCAACUCUUAUAAGCACGUCCUCGACACUGACGCCGUCCGCAAUGGUUUUCCCGACGACGACGGCAACGGUGUGGCCCCUGAACUUCGUGCCCAUUCUUUGGAUACAUCCUACUGGCCUCCCCUCUCUUCCGCCCCAAAUCCUUAUGCUUUCAGCAACGACCGUGGCUCUCUCCUCUCAGAGCUUUAUGACCAUGACAUUGACCACCACCAACAGCAGCAACAGCAGCAGCAACAACAACACCCUCCAGAUUUUCAGCCAGCCGAAAACUGGCCUCAGUUGCAGCACCAGUCUUCACGCCCUACUGAUUACCACAUGAUGCGCAGAGCCACUUUCCCUUAUGUGCGGCAUGACCGUGACGAGGGUGGUCAGGCUUAUCCCCCCUUUAUGCAGCACCGUCAGGAUCAUCAUAACCAUUCCGCCCUUCUCCAUCCAUAUCCCCCUCGUCAAGAUUCGCUCUACGAACUCUCUCUCCCCUCAGAAUCCACUCAGCUGCAUGGGGAGCCCUUUAUCACCUCCUCUCCGCACUCAUCCUACCACGAGUUUGACGAGACUCGCAUAAAAUUAGAAGACAACACUCCCCACAUGGUCCCAUCGCAAAUGAAUUUUUACAGACCCCCUUCCUCUUCUUCCCAGUGCCACCCAAUGGCCAUGUCCUACCUUUCGCCGCAUACGGGACUCCCCGUUCAACACACCGACGAUGCUGCUUCAAAGGAGACCCAGUACCUUCGCCGUCGAUGUUUCAAUUGCCACACUACCGAACCACCCUCGUGGCGUCGAUCUACUCUCAAUCCUGGGAAAAUCGUCUGCAACAAGUGCGGUCUUUACGAACGAACGCACUUGCGACCGCGCCCUCUGCGCUUUGACGAACUGCGAGCUGGAAACAAGGCGCGGAAGCAGAGCAAAGGCACCGUUAGCCCCAAACAACGGACCGCCAUGGUGAAGAAGGAACCACGCGAGUACGGCCUCGUACGUCGCAGUUCAGUAUCCUCCACGUCCUCUGUCCACUCGGGCAGCGGCGCUAGCGAUUGGGACGAUAAUGUUUCCGUCUAUUCGUCAGGCUCUGCUCCACCAACAUCCUACAACUCCCCAAACCUGGGGACAUUCCCGCUCUCGCGUGACUCUCAGUCUCCUCCGCGGGAUGGUGGCAUCAGACUUCCCAAUGCGCCGCUGUCGGAUGUCGCAUCUCUACAUCAACAAACUCAACACACGCCCUCUUUGCCGACCGCAACUCCUCGCAAGUCACAUACAUCCCCCCCAUACUUUUCCCCGAACCUGGCUGCUGCGACCCCGCAGCAGGACUACUUUUCUCGAGAGUCGGUUGGGCAAGCAGCAGUGUCAGGGGUGGAGGCUGCUGCAGCGUGGGCGGAGGCGAUCGGGAACGUGUCGGGACUCGUGGCAAGCCCCGUUCCGACCCCCGUCGCUUCGUAAAGGAGGAGGCCCUUCCAGUGUCGCGUCCAAUCUCUACUUAUUAGCCUCUCCGGAAGCACCUUAUUUAUUUAUUGAAUCCUCAAAAUCUCUCUCUCUCUCUCGACGAUGCAGCUAUCUUAUUUAUUCGCCCACAAAAGUCAAUGCUGUACCAUCCCCACCAACAACCAACAAGAUUGUAUCUACCUAUCAUGUCUCUGCGUCUCUCUCUAUCUUGGCUUGCGCGCACUUGUCCGUUUCUACCCCAUGUUUGGAUCUCCACACACACCGUUAAACGGACUACUACCCUCCUUUGCCCCCCUUCCCUUCCUUUUUUACACCGGAUAUCCUCUUCUUGCCGCAUUUUUUUUUGUUCCCUCCCCUUGCUUCCUUACCUAUUUAUUAUCCGGGAGGCGAGGGCGAGAGCAUGUUGUACUAAUAUCAGCUUCAAUAUUUACCAUUACAUAGUAGACUUGUGGUAUCUAUCUAACAUUUCGACUUUCUCCAACCCGCUCCUUUUUUUGUGCGCUUUUACUCACUAGUAGUAGUCCCUGCAUCGAAUCCCCAUCCAUACGAUAAUUCUGAAUACCACCCACACCCAAUAUAUUUAUUACCCCCGUGG